GAUGAUCUAAGAAAAAUAUUGUAAAAUAAAAAAAAGUUAUAACGACAACACAAAAUAUUAUCAUUGCUUUAUAAGGAUUACUCUUACUACCAACAGAAAAUAAAAAAGGAUUAUCUCAUGCUUACAUAAGAAGGAUAUACUUCUAGUAUUCAACUGAACUCAUGUUAAAUUUAAGACAUGUUACGUGGCAAAUGCAAAAUUCAAUCAUGGUUACUAAGAAAAGAAAAAGCAGAGCAUUACAAUCAUCCCCACUAUGCAGAAGAACACAUGGUCCUUCAUUUACAAAUGUCACGCUGUGGACGAUAGUUUUAAUGUUAAUUAUAUUCAUCGAUAAUGCCUCUGUGGCUAAAAAAUUAAAUGCCAGCCAAGCCUUUGAUAAUACCUGGAGUACAGCCACCGAUUUGGAAAAUGAACUAGAAUGUAUUUCAUCACAGCAAAAGCGUUCAGCUAAAAGUAUACCCUCCUCCUCCUCCAGCAGCAGCAGUAGUAGUAGCUCUAGCAACAGCAAUUCUGGCUCUGGCGGUUGGACCGCCUGGUCAGAGUGGUCAACAUGUUCGCGCACCUGUGAUGGAGGUGUUAUGCAACAAAUACGUCGCUGUCAAAAUGCCAAUGGCUGUAAAGGUGAUAGUGUGCGCUAUCGUAUUUGCAAUAUGCAACCAUGUCCAGAGAAAUUGGAUUUUCGAGCCCAACAAUGUUCCGCCAACAAUGAUGUGCCAUACGAUGGUACUUUGUAUAAAUGGACACCACACUAUGAUUACGUUGAGCCGUGUGCACUCACUUGCAGAGGCCGACCCGCCCACUUAACUGAUGACAUUUCACCAGAAACCACCGGAGACGAUUCCGAACACUAUGACGAAUUAAGUGUUGUAGUGCAAUUAAGUCCCAGAGUUUUAGAUGGUACACGCUGUCGUUCCGGCAGUUUGGACAUGUGUAUACAAGGAAAAUGUCAACGCGUUGGUUGCGAUUUGAAAAUUGGCUCGGCAAAAAAGGUCGACAGUUGUGGUGUUUGCGGUGGCGAUAGCAGCUCCUGUUCACAAACCCAUUAUCAAUGGGAGAUAGCACCAAUGUCGCUGUGUUCGGUGUCAUGUGGGGGUGGCUACAAGAUGUCUCGUGUUGCAUGUCGAAGUCGUGUUACUGGUGCUGAAGUAGAUGAUGCUCUCUGCAAUGUUGCUAAUCGUCCGGAGCCAUCUGUGGAGCUGUGUAAUACUCAUACCUGCCCACCCAGAUGGAUAGCUGAUGACUGGAGUCCAUGCAGUCGUUUGUGUGGUCCAGGGGUACGAGAACGUAUGGUGGUGUGUGCCGAGGAAAAUAACGGCAUAAAAACAAGAGUUGCGGACAUAAUGUGCCCUUUACCAAAACCGCCAACCCAAGAACAGUGCAUUAUGGAAGAGUGUCCAAAGUGGGAGGCUGAAGAGUGGACGGGCUGUUCCGUAUCCUGUGGCCAAGGUAUACAGAUGCGUGGCGUUGAAUGUAAAUCACCCAAUGGCAGACUGAGCGCCAAAUGUGAUCCUCAAACAAAACCCUCCAGUGUACAACAAUGUACCACAGGUAUUUCAUGUAAUGGUGGCUCCAUGAGUGGCGGCAAGAUAAUUGUGGGUAGCAGUGGUCCUCGGAAUCCCAUGGAAGACGAUGACGAUAUGGACGAUGAAGAAGAGGAUGAUGAAGAUUCUGAUGAUAUGGAUGAUGAAAAUAUAUCAUCAGAUGAUGCUUCCUAUAAUGAUCAACCCUCAAUGUAUUCCCAUCACACAAUGAGUCGUUUACAUCAAGAAGAAUCAGAUGGUCCCCGGACAAUGCGUUUAACAUCGGGUGGCUAUUCGUCGAGGGAUCAUGAACCAUCGGAACCAAGCUACAUUAAAGACCCUGAUUGGUCACCCUGCAGUGUAACUUGCGGCGAAGGCAUACGACGACGUACUCACAAAUGCAAAAUAUUUCUGGAAUACUCACGCACUUUGGCCACCGUUAAUGAUUCAUUGUGCGAAGGCAUUAAACCACACGAUGAGGUAGAACGCUGCGUUGAGGAACCCUGCAUGUUGCCAUCUCAUGGUUAUGAAGACCAAUAUCCACGUGAUUCCAUUAAGGUGGGAGUAUCCGAACCAGGCAAAACAUAUGUGUGGCGUGAACAAGGCUACACCUCCUGUAGUGCCAGUUGUUUGGGUGGUGUAGAAGAGCUCAUUGUUAAUUGUGUGCGUGAGGAUAAUGGUCGUGUAGUUUCGCCAUUCUUGUGUGCACCUGAAACGAAACCGGAAGCUCGUGUGCGCACCUGUAAUGACAGACCAUGUCCACCUCGAUGGAAUUAUUCCGAUUAUACUCCUUGCUCCAAGUCCUGCGGUAUUGGCAUUAAAACCAGAGAAGUCCAGUGUAUACAUGAGGUGACCCGGGGUGGUGAAAACACUAUGGUAGUGCCAAAUAGCAUGUGUCCCCAACCACCUCCAGCAGAUCGUCAAUAUUGUAAUGUUUUGGAUUGUCCGGUACGCUGGGAAGUUGGAGAGUGGUCCAAGUGUUCGCACACUUGUGGCUAUGGUUUUAAAGAACGUAAAGUGGAAUGCAAACAAAUAAUGGCCCAGGAGCACAAAAUCGAACGGCCGGAAUCCAUGUGUCCCAGUGCCAAGCCGCCAGAUAAGAAACCCUGCAAUGUCAAGCCCUGUCCACCAGAAGAUCCCAAGCCAGUCAUACAAAUCAGCAACUCCACGCACAUACAACAUGAUCCCAAGAAAACAAAGAUCACCUUAAAAGUUGGCGGUGCCGGUGUCGUGUUCUUUGGUACUCAAGUCAAAAUCAAGUGUCCUGUCAAGCGUUAUAAUCGUACUAAAAUAAAGUGGAGCAAAGAUCAUAAACCCUUGGUCAAAUCCCGUAAGUUUAAAGUGUCAAAGAAGGGAGCUUUACGUAUUUUGGAUAUAACUUUCCGCGAUAGUGGUGUGUAUUCGUGUCAUGCCGGCUUGAGUAGUGCCGAGAUAACAAUAGAUGUCAAAGCUAAACCAGGCCAAAAGCAGGAAGAUUUGGAAAGACAUGAAUCCGAACGAUUGGUGAGAGAAAGAAGUGGCACGGAACCCUUAACAGCAGCUGAUAUGACAGCAACGGAUAAUAGCACACAAUCCACACGUCGCAAACAGCAGCAAAAUGCCAGAGAACGCAAUCGUCGUCCGAAGUCAGAUGGUGUGCAACAGCAUGCGGAUAGUAGUGUUAUGGGCGAUGAGCAUUCACAUUUAGUGCAGCAGGCCCAGGAUGGUUUGCCACAGCCUAGUGCUAGUAGUGGUAGCAGCCGCACCAACACCUUGUUGGCCAUGCCAUAUUUUCAGGCUUUGCUAAGUAACCUGCAGUAUUUAUGGCCAUCAUUCCAGAAAUUUAGCAAUUCUCGUGGUCAUCAUAUGUUGGCGGAUAAUAGAUAUCAAUAUGGUAUUGAUUUUAAACGUCCACAACAAGAGCUGCAACAACGCCAUCACUAUAUGACAGAGGAGGAGGUGGAAGAGGAGAAGGCACGCAAAUCACAGCCACAAAUUAUAACCAAAGACUUGACAUUAUCCUCGACAAAAUACAACAGCAACAACAACAAUGAUGAGGAUGAUGAUGAUGAUAUUGAUGUUGCUGAUGAAGAUAUAGAGCUGGGGAAUCCAGAUGAUAUGGUUGCACAAACGGAUGUAGUUACAAAUGCAGAGGGUGUUGAUAGCAGUGAAGAUGGAGCACAAGGAGGACAAUCAACACUACAUUUACCACAUGCCAGAUGGCCGAAUCAUUGGUCGGAUAUAAAUGCACAAUUGUCAGAAACUAGCCCCACAGUCACGUACAAAUGGCUAACGAGUCCUUGGUCCGAAUGUUCACAAAAAUGUGGAGCUGCUGGCUCAGGCUUAAGAAGACGUACAAUUACGUGUGUUAGAAUAAAUUUCAAAAACAAUCAACUGCAGGCACAAGGAGAUGACAUUGUUACAGCAGAGCUGCAAGACCAACAACUAAUGACUGACCUGGAAGACAAUCAGGAAGUACUGGAUAAUGCUGUAUGUGAGGAUUAUGGUUUAGAUAUACCGGAUACUUUUGAGACUUGUGGCACUGAGGAGUGUCCUCAUUGGCUUAAGGGUGAGUGGUCUCUGUGUCAUCAAUCACGUUGUUUUGGCCGCAAUACAGCCAUCCAGAAACGUGAGGUCUCUUGUCGUUUUGCCAAUGAUUCCCUGGCAACAUCAUGUCCAGAAUACGAAAAACCCAUCAGUCGUCAGGAAUGUUAUAAUGAACGCUGCCGCGGUGUUUGGAGAGUAGAACCUUGGUCAGAGUGCAAUGCACCUUGUGGUCGCCAGGGCAUUAAAUAUCGUGUACUGCAAUGCGUUUGGUAUGGCACCAGAAGACCAGCAGGAAAUGCUUGCAAACAUCAAACCAGACCGGCCGUUAUGAAAGUUUGCAAAAGUCCACCAUGUUAUGCAAAAGCUUUACAGCAUUGUAAAGAUACAUCACGUUAUUGCCGCAAUGUACGUUCCAUGGGCUUAUGUCGUUUACAUCGUUAUCAAGAGAAAUGUUGCAAAUCCUGCAAAUAUAAUAACAUUCCAAAUUAGCAUACAUUUAAUAAUCAUCACAAUCAUUAUCAUACACAACCACAUUAUUAUCGUCAAGCCAACCAGCAUGAGGGCUACUUGCAACAACCAGCAGCAUCAUACACCUUCUUUGCACCAGCAACUGUUACAUAACCAAACAAAGUUCAACGACAAAGGCAAACACCAUCAGAGUCAGUCAGUCAGACUAUUUAAAUGGGUGUCAAGAUAUUUUUUAGUGUAAUAAAUUGAAGAACGAGAAAGAAGUUGACAAAACGAAGAUAUUGAAAACGAAGCAAUUAUAGUUAAAUGAAAAACGUUUAGAAACUAAAUUAAAUUAUAAUUUUUGAUAUUACUAUUUUUAAAAACAAAAAAUUAUAUAGAAAACGAUAAACUUAACUCUAAAUAAUUAUAAUAUUUGCAGAACUGCAAAAUGAAAUUAGUUAAAAAAAGGAGGAAAAAAAACCAAAAUCCUAUAAUGAAAAUGUUUAAAUUUUAAGGCUUUAAAGAACAAUGAAACAAAUAAGACCCUUUAGUUUAACAAAAAAAGAAAAAGAUUUAAAAAAUCGGCACAUUUUACAAAAUAACAACAAUUAUUUAUAUCAA